GAUUAAUUACCCGGGGCAGGAGGGCUCUGCUCCCCAGAUUACCCGGGGCAGGAGGGCUCUGCUCCCUGGAUUAUCCAGGACAGGAGGGCUCUGCUCCCCAGAUUACUGACCCGGGGCAGGAGUGCUCUCCCCGAUCCCGCGGCGCCAUGGAGGAUCCCCUGCCGCCGGCGGCAGAGCUGGAGCCCCUCAACGCCUCUCUGAACGAGUCCUGGGCCAACCCCUUCGUGCAGCCGCCCUGGCAGGUGGCCCUGUGGGCCGCCGCCUACGCGCUCAUCGUGGUGGUGGCCGUGGUGGGCAACGCCGUGGUGAUGUGGAUCAUCCUGGCACACAAGCGGAUGCGCACCGUCACCAACUACUUCCUGGUGAACCUGGCCUUCGCCGAGGCCUCCAUGGCCGCGCUCAACACCGUGGUGAACUUCAGCUACGCCGUGCACAACGAGUGGUACUACGGCACGGCCUACUGCCGCUUCCACAACUUCUUCCCCAUCGCCGCCGUCUUCGCCAGCAUCUACUCCAUGACGGCCAUCGCGCUGGACAGGUACCACUUUUCCAUGACCGUCCUGCUGUACCUGCUGCCGCUGCUGGUGAUCGGCUGCGCCUACGGCGCCGUCGGCCGCACGCUCUGGGCCAGCGCCAUUCCCGGAGACUCCUCCGACCGCUACCACGAGCAGGUGUCGGCCAAGAGGAAGGUGGUGAAGAUGAUGAUCACGGUGGUGUGCACCUUCGCGCUCUGCUGGCUGCCCUACCACGUCUACUUCACGCUGCAGUACCUGCGGCCCGAGUGGUACCUGCGCAGGUCCAUCCAGCAGCUCUACCUGGCCGUCAUGUGGCUGGCCAUGAGCUCCACCAUGUACAACCCCAUCAUCUACUGCUGCCUCAACGACAGGUUCCGGCUGGGAUUCAAGCACGCGUUCCGGUGGUGCCCGUGGGUCAGCGCCGGCGAGUACGAGGGGCUGGAGCUGCGCUCGGCGCGCUUCCUGCGCACGCACAGCUCCGUGUCCAAGCUCAGCCGGAUGGACACCGCCACCGUGGCCUCGGCGCUGGGCGCGGCCGACGAGGAGCCGGACGAGCCCGGCGGGGCCGAGCGCCUCUCCCUGGACGUGGCGUCCAACGGCUCCUCCCGCAGCGACUCCAAGACGGUUUCCGAGAGCUUCAGCUUCUCCUCCAACACCCUGGCCUAG